AUGGGUGUAGACCUCAAUUGGACCGAUAUGCCUGCGAGCAAACUGGACGAGAAGCUUGACGCAGCUCUGACGUUCUCACAGGGCGUACCCGGAGCAGAGUACCCCGUCGACCCAAGCAACCUCUCAGAAUGGACGGACACAAAGGAGUCCCUUGUUCAGGCGUUUCCGAAAGGCAAGGAACCCGAAGAUCUCACCAUACUCCGGUUGCUAUUUUUUGGUGGGAUCCCGUCGGCUUUGAACCCCAUGAGAGCGUUCAGCGAUGUGCAGAGGACUGUUAAGGAGAUCGCGCAGAACUACGUGAACGGUCAUGAGUACAGCUAUGGGGUGGAUAAGAACGCUAGGUCGGCUAUUCAUUUCCGCGUACUCGGCGUGUAUAACUUCAACGGCUCACCCUUAAUUGCGCUCGCGUACGACGCCGAUAACUCGCGUAAGCUGCACAAGACCGACAAGUUCAUCAACGCGCGCGUCAAGGCCGGCGCUCGGGAGAUCGCUCGGAUCAAUUGUACGCUCGCCGAGCAGGCUCUUCUCAAACGCGUCCUUCACUUCAACUCGAAGAGGGUAGCGAAGAGUUAUCUGCCGCCUCUUGCGCCCGAGGAAGACCGCUACGCCCUCAGCAUUUUCUUGCCUCUCGAAGAAUUGAAGCAGGAGCAGCUCGGAGUGCUCAUGGCUAACGACGGGUGCCACAUGUGUUGGGGACCGGCGAACCCGGGGCGAUACUGCAAGACGUGCAAUGCGGUCAAGUAUUGCGGUCGGAGCUGCCACCGAGCUCACCAGAAGGUUCACAAGCACUUCGACGAGCGCAUGAAGGGUGGAACGUGGACCGAUGCGACUUUUAACUUCGACCCUGCUCUCGAUGGCGGACGGAUGCUUGCCGAUUCUCCCGACCGUGUAAAUGACAUUGGUGCUUCCAGACAGCCGUCAUUAUCGCCUCCUAACUUGCACGGCGACAACGCGACCCUCAUCAAGAUCCAGCGCCCGCCGUCGGCGCCUAUCAAUGAUACCGACAGCGAGAUCUCGGAGGACGAUGACCUCCGUCUUCUCAUUCAUGACCGGUUCCGGACGUUUAAGGGAUACGUCUCGAAGAAGGACAACCUGGAGUUCUGGGAGGCGGCGAUCAAGUUAUUGCCGGAGCCUGGACUGAAGAACGAAGCCGGAGUGUAUCGGUUCGCGAAGAGGACGGGAGACUGGAGGUUGAGUGCGUGCUUGGACCGGGAGCCGCUUGGUGGCCCUAUGUGGUAG